AAGGAACAAAGUACUUUGUUCCCAAAUUACUACUCUUUUAAAUGGUCCUUUUAUUAGUAUAGCCCAAACCCAUUCUACCUACAUUCGAUGUUUGUUUAUUCCCAUGCGUCUAAAGCUUCACAACAGGCCCGAUCAGAUGCGACUGGUCAGCUAACAAACCGUAACCUAAAUCACCACCAUUCGGUUCGCUUGUUAACGUGGGCAUUUGUUGCUGUGAUUUAUCUGAUACCCCGCGAACCGGUACGAUUGGUGGACCAGUUCAUCAAUCAGCCGGGUACAUUAGCCAUGUUAUCGAUAUAGUGCACCCUGGAAACAAUGGCAUGCAAAAUGAGGUGCAAUAUUUUCUAAACAAUCUAAACAGUUUACCAUCCUUUCCCAUGAGCGGAAGUGUGCGCUAAUGGUGCCUGAUAGGGUUUAAUUUGCAGCUUACGGUUAAUAUUGUACGUGCAACAACAGCCGCCACCCUAAUGGAGAGCACCCUGUAUUGUUUGUUCCGGCAGUAACGCGAACUGCAUACAUAUCCCUCGUGCUGAACCCCGCUCCCCAAAUAGGGCACGGGAAAGAAGCUGUGGUUAAGGUUAGUGUGAGUGUUUUUAAAAGCGCGUGCCACGCGCACACAAAGCAUUUAUCGCAUCAGCGUCACAUUAGGCCGCUUUGUUGUACCGAUGAAAGCCAACCGGGUAUCAAUUACAUUCUUAUUUCCCCAUUUUCCUUGUUUUGAUAUCGUAUUUCCCUCCCUUCAUGGUCGUAACCGACCAAACAACGGGGGGCGAUCUCGUUGGGGUGUUUUCGGUGAGUUUGAUUCGGUUUGGGUAGUAUAAAUUAUAGCGUUGUAAAUAUUGUGCAGCAUAAUUUGUGCUGCGUUUGGCACAUUCUAUGAUAAUUUGCCACCAGUUGCAUCAACCGGUUUGGAAAAACAUGAGUGGUACGGUUCUUUUUUUUAUGGUUUCUUUAUUAGUUUGAAGUGAUUUUGUUUCGUUUUUUUUUGCCCUCUCUCGCUGUGCAAACGAAUUAUACGCGAGUGCGCCCGAAUGUAUGCAAUCGUGCAGCACUGUAUGAGGUGGAAGCGAUUUUUGGUCUGUUUAAUUUUGUGUUCAGUGAUCCGUACGGUGCUAGGGGUUUGUCCGGUGGUUGCAUCCUGCGAUGAGGGUAACACACCCUACCGUACCAUGGAUGGGUCGUGCAACAGUCUGUACAAUCCACUGUACGGUACACCGUAUCGCCCGUACCGGCGACUGCUGCCGGCAAAGUACGAUGACGGAGUCUUCGAACCGGCCCGUAUGUCUUCCGGCAGGCCAAUGCCGAAUGCGCGUCAGCUUUCGCUGGAUCUGUUCGGGGAGCAGGAAGUGCCGGAUCGACGCAGCACCAUCAUUAACAUGCAGUUUGGGCAAUUGGUUGCCCAUGACAUGAGCUUUACCGCGGAUGUGUUUGGAGUAAAGUGUUGCCCAAAUGGGAAAAGAAUUCCACCAGAUUUGCUACCACCGCGCUGUAUGCCACUGGAAGUGCCCACGGAUGAUCCAGUUCUACCGCACGAAGACAUUCAGUGUAUGAGUAUGUUACGCACCAAAACUACGCUAGAAUAUCCUUGCGCUACCAACUACGGUACAGCCGAACAACUUUCCUCCGUCACGGCAUUCCUCGACCUAUCCAUCGUGUACGGUAACAAUCGGGAGCAGACCGCUGGUUUGCGACAGCAUCGCGGAGGACUGAUGGCGGUAGUGCACCGACACGGUCAAGAUUGGCCACCGCACAACCCAAACGCUAGCAGACUCUGCCAGAUGCGGGAAGCAACGGACGUGUGCUAUCUCACCGGAGACUUGCGUUCCAACCAGAGCCCCCAUCUAGCGAUACUGCAGCUAGCUCACCUGCUCGAACAUAACCGGCUGGCGAGCGAACUUUCGAUGCUGAAUCCCUGCUGGGACGAUGAACGACUGUUUCAGGAAGCACGUCGUAUCAACGUUGGCAAAUACCAGUCGAUAGUGUACAACGACUGGCUACCGAUCUACCUCGGUCGUGAGAAUAUGCUGAAGCAGGGACUGCUGCACACGGUUGCCGGUGCGGAUGGAUACGUACGGGACUACAAUCCCCUGGAGGAUCCGACCGUAAGCAAUGCCUUCGGAACGGCUGCAUUUCGCUACUUUCACAACAUGAUAGUCGGCCAGCUCGAUUUGUACAACGAGUCGGUGAACCAUCGGAAACGGAAUGGUUCCAUCCGGCUUUCGGACUGGUUGCGACGUCCGGGCGUGCUGGAGGAGCGCAACAACCGGGAACUGCUGACGAGGGGCAUGACCACCCAACCGCACGAUUCCGCCAACGACCAGCUGACGCCUGAAGCGAAACACUUUCUCUUCCGCAACGCGCAUCGGUACGGUGCCGACCUGAAGGCGAUCGAUAUUCACCGGGCCCGAGACCACGGGCUCGCAAGCUACAACGAGUAUCGCGAACGAUGUGGACAGGAACGGGCCACCCGGUGGGAGGAUCUGUAUGUGAGCAUUCCACGCGGUACGGUCGAGCGGCUGGCACGGUGGUACGAUACGGUGGACGAUGUUGAGCUGGCCGUCGCCGGUGCACUUGAAACGCACCACCCGGGCGCAACCGUUGGUCCAACGUUUCUGUGCAUCCUGCUCGACCAGUUCCAGCGUACGCGUACUGGCGAUAGAUUUUUCUUCGAAAAUGGCGCCGACCAUGGGUUCGACGCGGAUCAGCUGCGGGAGGUACGGAAAGCGACGAUUGCACGGUUACUGUGCGACAACACGGAAGGACUCGCGCGAAUGCAGCACAAUGCGUUCUUGCUCCCCGAUGACAAGAACCCGCCGGUACCCUGUACGGAGCUGCCCGCGGUACGAUUGGAAGCGUGGCGCGAGCGAUAGGGGAAACGAAGAAUCCAUUUUCGACCGGACCGGUAUCAGGUGUGCCGAUAGUGAUUGUCUACGUGCGUGAUGGUAUGUGAGGUUGAAGCUAAGGCGAAAGCCAACCACGGAAAUGGACGGAGCGAAACGAAGUUAAAAUUGCAUUAUUUACCAAAUAUGUUUGCUUUUCCAUGGAAAGUCAGAAAAGCGAACGAUUCGCUGAACAUUACAGCAAGUCGUAUCAAAUAGAGACGUUAGGAUGAUAAACGGUAUUGAAUUUUAUGUAAGUUUAAAUUAUUCAAACUUGAUGGAAAUAUACGCCAAACUAUGAAUGUCAAAUGCGAUAAUAUUUAAUUGAUCGUAUCAGUAAUCGAAUAAUGAUGAUCCAUCGAUAAAACGAUUUGUAAUAUGAGGUAGAGAAAGAGGCAUGAUAAUUAAAG